AUGAAAAAGUAUGCUGUGUGGAAUUCGGAAGCACUUGCCUGGAACUAUUUUGAAUCUAGUGGAGUCGAAAACUCGAUCACAAGUAGACACGAUAAAGAAAAUAAAAAAAAACAGCAUAUGUCAAAAAGAAUAAAUGAACACGCUGAUAAUUAUACAAAAAGGGCAUUGGAAUGCUCAGAAGAGCAGCAAAUAUUAGAAUCGGAUGAUUUAUGGCACACCGACGAGAUUUCAGAUAAAUCGGAUUAUUCUUCAAGAAAAGUUGCCUUUCAGCCACCAACUGAUUAUGUUCCUACAGAAGAUAGCCGCUACUAUUUUAAUCCAAAGAACAAUGUGUGGUUUGAUAUUGAAACUGGUGUAUAUUCUAUUUAUGAUUCGGUAGCGAAAAUUUAUAUUCCCGUAGAUCCGGAAGCAUCGUCAUUUUAUAAUUCGUUAUCGCCAGCACCUACUAAUAACGAAGAAGCUAUGAUUGAUGAACUGGGGGAACCGGGAAGUGAUGCAACACUUAGAUUAGUUGUAUUACAAUCAGAUGUAUUGAAAGUCGGAAAUCUCAUAAUCGUUGAUGGAAAUGGAAUUUCGAUAGGACGUGAUAGAUGGGACGAUAGACGUUUGAGAUUGCCCGAAUUACGUACGUCAAAACAUCAUUGUCAAAUAUUUUGUUCAUCCGCUGCCGCAAUAUCAUCUUCCACAAUAAGUACUCCUAAUCUCGAACAUUCAGUCGCCGCUAACGAUGAUAAAAGUGAAGCGGACUCUUCGAAUACCAUUAAUUUUAAGGAUGCAUUCUAUAUAAUUGAUAGUGGAUCUCAGAAUGGAACUUUUGUCAAUUCAAAUCGAUUAUCCGAGAGUAAAAUGAGUUCAAAACCUCAAAUAUUAUCACAUAUGGAUGAAAUCAUAGUGGGAAGUACUACUUUUCAAGUCCAUUUGCAUAAACAGUGGACAUGUGAAGCAUGCACAGUUACCGAAGGAAAAGUGAUUGAAAUAUCGAAAAAUGAUAACAAUAACAUUGCAAAGCUUUUAGAAUUGCAACGUCGACAAGAAUUAACACGACUAAAACGUAAAUAUAUUGGAAGUUAUAAGGACAAUGAGGAUGAUAACUCCGGUACUGACAAUAAUGCGAAAUAUAUUGAUCGUGCGGCAUUACGACGAGAGAUUCGACCCGAUAACACCCCAGUAAAGAAACUGAAUUCACUUGAUGAAGAUCUUGAUUCCUUUCCCACGCAGUCUUCUCAAAAUAAAAGACUGGGCUCAGAAAAUAAGGGUAAUAUGUUAUUACAAAAAAUGGGUUGGAAGGAAGGCCAAGGAUUAGGCCGAGCUGGCGGAGGAAUAGUUAAUCCAAUAGAUGUGUUGACUAAUGAUGGGCGUCGCGGACUUGGUUCAGGUGGAAUAAAAAAGGCCAUCUCUGGAAAUAAUGUAAAUAAUUCCCAUGAUGGCAAAGAAACAUUGCAGGAAGCAACUCGAAGAAUUGCGCGAGAGCGAUUCAUGGAUAUGUUUGAGUGA